AUGAUAUACCUUGCCGCGCUCGCCGUCCUCUCCACCCUAGCUGCUGCCAACCCCCUUCUUCGUCGCCAAGACCAGCAACGAGCGGACGAUGCUCUGACUCUUCGUGCCAACUUCUGUCUUCAUCUCGAUAAGCCAGAGUGUAAGGGGUUGUUUGAAAAGUGCAAGGCCGAGGGAAAAUAUGUCGAAGACUGUAUUCCGCAGCAUCACCCGACGUGUAUGCAGGAUGAAUCUUCACCUUGCUCAAAGGCUGCUGUGCAGUGCCUUGCCGACCAUAGUAAGGAGGAAGAGGCCUUUAAAGACUGCAUCUUGGAAAAGGUGAUGCCCGCGCCGGACACAGUUGACGAUGCCGACAACGAGCAAUCGGCCCCUAGUGGUUCCGGACAAGCUGAGCUUGCAUGCGAAUCGGCCAGUGUCGAUUUCCAAGACACUUGGGUGGACAAUAAAUGCGGUGGAACAACUGAUGCUGGCGAAACGACUGAUGCUGGCGAGAGUAAUAAUGUGGCUCUGGAAAACGAGCCAGCGGCUUGCAAGGAGGCAAGAGACGCUUUUGAUAAGGUCUGGGAUGCAAAUAACUGCGAGGCAGUACUAAAUGCCGCCCUUGGCACCCCGCAAGGCGAUUCAGAUCCAAAUGCCGUCUCUCUUGAUGAUAGUGAUUAG